AAUUAAUUAAAACUCUACACAACAUAUGUUUGUACCCCUGUCUCCCUAGACCUUCAAAACCCUAAACAUUUUCCCAUCCCCAAAACUCUAGAGAAUAAAUUAUAAAGUGCCAAAAAAAGAAACAAGAGAAAGAAAGACAGAAGCAGAAGCAGGUAGCUCCCAAUUCCAUGAUGCAAACACACAUGUCUUGCAGCGACAGUUUGUAUAAUUUGGAAGGCGAUGAGGAAGAAGACGAUUGUUCCACCCUGCUCUCCCUAGGCCCACCGGGCCAACCCAACCCGCACAAGUACCACACCAGCUUCGCCGCGUACAAGCAGCACCAGCACAUCCAAAACCCUAACAACAUUAAUGCCGCGGAGAAUGGCGUCACCGUCGCCCUCCACAUCGGCCCGCCUUCCUCCUCUUCUUCCUCAGCAGUAAACCCUAGCGACAUGGCCGCCCUCGCAGUUGCCCAAGGCCAGUACUGGAUCCCUACGCCCGCCCAAAUCCUUGUCGGCCCCACCCAAUUCUCCUGCUCCGUUUGCAGCAAAACCUUCAACAGAUACAACAACAUGCAGAUGCACAUGUGGGGGCACGGAUCGGAGUACCGGAAGGGGCCGGAGUCGCUGCGGGGGACGAAGGCGGCGUCGUCGAUACUGCGGGUGCCGUGCUACUGCUGCGCGGAGGGGUGCAAGAACAACAUCGAGCACCCGCGGUCGAAGCCGCUCAAGGAUUUCCGGACGCUGCAGACGCACUACAAGCGGAAGCACGGCAGCAAGCCAUUCGGCUGCCGCAAGUGCGGCAAGCCAUUCGCCGUCCGAGGCGACUGGCGCACGCACGAGAAGAACUGCGGGAAGCUCUGGUUCUGCAUCUGCGGCUCCGACUUCAAGCACAAGCGCUCCCUCAAGGACCACGUCCGCGCCUUCGGCCUCGGCCACGCCCCUCACAACGACACCCUCUACGCCUUCGACGAAGACGAUGAAGACGACGACGACGACAAUUAGCUUUAUUUUAUUAGAGUAUUAAUUAGGUUAUAAGGUAUCAUAUCAUAUCAUAUCAUGGGAAUUAAUUUAAUUGUACUAGCUAGGGCUCCAUCAAACAUGUGAAUCUUUGCUGCCAGUGCCAUUUUUUUUUUCUUUUCCA